AUGUCCGAAACAGCCAUCAUCAACGUGUCGUCGUUGGACCGUCCCAAGGUCCUUCUGAUGGGUCUCCGGCGGUCCGGCAAGUCGUCCAUCUGUAAAGUCGUCUUCCACAACAUGCAGCCUCUCGACACUCUGUAUAUUGAGUCCACUUCCAAGCCUGUUGAAGAGGAGUUCAACUCGCUGAUCGAUUUCAGCGUGCAGGAGCUGCCCGGCCAGCUCAAUUUCUUCGAGCCCGACCAAUACAUUGACUCUGAUCGGCUCUUUCAAAACGUCGGGGCUCUGGUCUACGUGAUUGACUCUCAGGACGAGUAUCUCAACGCUCUAUCCAACCUGCACAACAUCAUCGAGUACGCCUUCAAGAUCAACCCGGACAUCAACGUGGAGGUGCUGAUCCACAAAGUCGAUGGCCUCAGUGAGGACUUCCGUCUCGAUACCCAGAGAGAUAUCAUGCAACGAGUGUCAGACGAACUGGUAGACGCUCGGCUGGACGACGGAGAUGUCAAGCUCAACUUCCACCUCACGUCCAUUUUCGACCACUCCAUCUACGAGGCGUUCAGUCGAAUCAUCCAAAAACUGAUUCCUGAACUCCCGGUGUUUGAAAAUCUGCUCAACGUUCUGUGUUCACAUUCGCUGUUUGAAAAGGUGUUUCUCUUCGACGUCAACUCGAAGAUCUACGUAGCUACAGACUCAUCGCCCGUCGAUAACCAGACUUACGAGGUGUGCACGGACUUUAUUGACGUCGCUGUCGAUCUGGACAAUCUGUAUGAGAAUGGAUCGGACUCAAAGAGCUCGGAAAACACCCUCAAGUGUGUGUCCAAGCUGCAAAACGGAGUCACGUUGCAUCUGCAUCAAAUGGUCAAGGGUCUGGCUCUGGUGGGUCUGAUCAGAAAGGAGAAUGGCCAAAAGAUGGCCCUGGUGGACUACAACGUCCAGGUUUUCCGCGAAGGACUGGAGCGAAUCUGGGGGAUAAACAAAAAGUAA